UCACUAUGCAUAUAUUCCCUCACCUCGGUUAAUCAUCAUGUCCACUCCUUCUCUCUCUCUAAACCCCCCUCUCUCUCCACCCCCUCCCCUCUUUUCUCCUUCCCCAACCCCAUCUCCCACACCUUCAUCUUACACUCCCACCACAACCUCUCGCACGUCUCUCUCUCCCCUAAGAUCACACCAACCCACUUACCCUCUCCCCACAAAGUCCCAAUUCCUACUCCCCAAAAGAUCCAAUUGUUACAACAAGUUGACUCGAAGUCCUUUCGCUGCGGCUAGCAACAUGACUAUUACUAGCAACAUGACUACUACAGACCUCAGGCUCCAAGAAAGGGAUCAUCUUUUGCUUGAUUCAGAAGUGAAUUCUGCCAGGCCUCGCCGUAUCGCUCUCUUUGUCGAGCCAUCUCCUUUUGCGCCUCGCCGUAUCGCUCUCUUUGUUGAGCCAUCUCCUUUUGCCUAUGUGUCUGGUUACAAAAACCGGUUCCAGAAUUUUAUUAAGUAUCUACGGGAAAUGGGAGAUGAGGUGCUAGUCGUGACAACGCAUGAAGGAGUGCCUCGGGAAUUUCUGGGAGCAAAGGUUAUUGGAUCUCAAAGCUUUCCCUGUCCCUUUUACCAGAACGUUCCUCUCUCCCUAGCACUAAGCCCUAGAAUAAUCUCAGAGGUUGCCCAGUUUAAACCUGAUAUAAUACACUCGACAUCCCCUGGUAUUAUGGUAUUUGGUGCUCUCAUUAUUGCUAAACUAUUGUGUGUUCCUCUAGUGCUGUCGUAUCACACACAUCUUCCAGUAUACAUACCAAGAUACACCUCUGCUUGGCUGGUCAAACCUAUGUGGGGUGUCAUAAAGUUUCUUCAUGGUGGAGCUGAUCUUACACUGGUGCCAUCAGCUGCCCUUGCAAAGGAGCUCGAAGAUGCUAGGGUAACAGAAGCGAACAAGAUCCGUGUCUGGAAUAAAGGUGUUGAUUCCAAAAGCUUCCAUCCUCAAUAUUGCUCUCAUGAGAUGCGACUAAGACUAAGCAAUGGUGAUCCUGAGAAACCGUUGAUAGUUCAUGUUGGACGGCUUGGAAAAGAGAAGAGUUUGGAUUUACUCAAAAGGGUCAUGGACAAGCUUCCGGGGGUGCGAAUUGCUUUUAUUGGAGAUGGGCCAUACAGGGGGGAGCUGGAAAAGAUGUUUUCCGACAUGCCUGCUGUAUUCACAGGAAUGUUAGGAGGUGAGGAGCUCUCAAGAGCAUACGCCAGCGGAGAUGUUUUCCUAAUGCCUUCGGAGUCCGAGACACUUGGGCUUGUUGUUUUGGAGGCCAUGUCAUCGGGACUUCCUGUGGUGGCUGCACGUGCUGGAGGAAUCAUAGACAUAAUUCCCCAAGACCACGAGGAUAAAACUGGAUUUUGCUUUAAUCCAGGAGACGUUGAUGAUUGUGUAAGAAAAUUGAAGCCUCUAUUGGAAAACCGUGAAUUACGAGCAAACAUAGGAAAAGCUGCGCGUGAAGAAAUGGAGAAGUAUGAUUGGAAGGCAGCCACACAAAAGAUACGCGAUGAACAGUACAGAGAUGCCAUUUGGUUUUGGCGGAAUAAGAGACCGUUUCUACUGAGACCUUUUCAAUGGCUAUUCAGGUGGAUUUUUAAGGCACCAGAAGUUAACUACAGUUGUUUCAGAUAGAUAUAUUUCCUAGGUUUUCAGCAUUUAUUAUUCUUGAAGCAUAUUUAGUGGGUUCAAAGAGGUUUUUCUGGAAUACCCAUGAUAGAUUGCUUUUGUGAUGGAUAUAUAUUGGUUGGUAUUGUCGUAUGGACUGCAAGAUUUGGUCAGGUGUACGGUCAUUAGUAUUUAAGGAAACUAACUAGUCUGGUUGUAAAUUAACUAAAGUGUAUUAAACAUGGGAAUUCAACUACUUGAUCUUGAAUAUUGAGCUUAGAGUUGCGAA